AACAAAAUCAGUUGGCUGUGCCGCAGCCGUCAGUUCGGCUCAAAGAAGCAAGCAAAGAGAAAAGGAAACCCUAUCUGAAUGAAAAGUGAAAAGCGAGUGUCUUAGGUGCGUCGAGUGCGAAAUUUCUAUACUAUUAUGGAUUUAUGUCUUCGGGGCUCACAGAUAAACCUCGCCGCUAGACAAAAAACGAAGCCCAAGUACAAUAGCCGCUCCCUGACCACACUCCAUAGCUCGACUCAACAUUUUCGUCCACGUUCGGCCAACUUUCUACAGCAACGCAGUCGCUCCUCGCCCUUCCUGGGACGACCACAGUCGGCGGAUCCCAAGUUUGGCCGCAAGUUAAGCGUUUACUUUGGUGACAAGGAGCUAAGGCAUAAUAAGCAUCCUCAAGUGUCUUCCACUGAUCUACUCAAAUCGCUGUUGGAGGAGCCCAUCAAGCGCAGCUGGUUGUGCCGUAGUACCUGCAACUCUUCCAACUCAACGGACGAGCAGUCGGAUUUCUCACAGAAGUCUCCGCACAGCAGCGAAGGUGAGCAGUUGGAACGUUUUCUGGUCAGCAUGCCUGGCACGGACAAAGCCAAAUCCUAUGCUUCCAAUUGGUCACCCGGCAGUCAGAGCCUGAGCAAUGCGACGCUAUUGCAGAAGAGCGCUAAGCCGGAUCUGCCGGGUCGCGUAUCGUUCAGCAAGCCGAACAGUGGCCAGCACAAUGAUGUGGACUCUAGUGACUGCGACAAUGACAAGCAGGAGAUUCGCGCCAGCAGCAGCAGCAUCAGCAUCUCAGCACCGGGUCCUUUAACACUGCCCAACUUUACCUAUAAUGGGAAUGCCAAUAAAUUGGAGCCGGGCGAUGCCACUGGACAAAAGAAAUCCGUACACUUUGGCACUCCAGCUGCGGGCAGCGGCAGUGCCGAGGUGUUAGCUGAGACCUACGAGUAUCCCAAAUGCCCUUCGGAGAACUGCACCUGCAGCACGCGCUCCUCCUCCACGGCCAGCACCAAUGAAGCUACUGCUGACAUCAAAUGCGCAUGCGAUGCGCCCAGUUGUCGCUAUGCGGAGACCAAAGUGCAGUUGCCGCCACCUUCACUUCCAAUGGCCCUGCCCAAGUCCGGGACGCCGGAGCUGAAUGUCAUCAGAGAGUAUAAGCAGGUGGUAGGUGUGGCUCUGGAUAAAGGCGUGAAGCCGCUAGAGCCACUUAAUAACAUGGAACUGCCUAACUAUUUGGAUAAGUAUGCAACGCAGGCCAAGGACAAGCAGAACAAUUUAUCUGAGAAGAAUCUUAGCCCAGUCAAUGGCAGCAACAACAACAACAACAGCAACACAAACCAUACCCAGAGUGACAGUGGGACCACCAAUCGUUCGGCUGUGCAACGCAAUUUUGGCGCUGAGAAUAAUUUUCUGCCCAUUGUCCAGGAGGAUCGCAGACAUUUUGGCAACAGCAGCUCCGAUUCCGUCAUUAGCAACUAUCUGAAGAUCGCUGCCACUCCCCCAUUUGUGGGCAAAAAGAAGGAGAAUGUGAAGCCAGCCAGUGCAGAGCUCACCAGCAGAAACAACAAGUCCAAAUUGUUUGCCAAAAGCUCAACAAUUGGUUCCGCCGCCAAGCUGAAGAAAGCCGUCAGUGUGGGCAGUCUGCGAGAGGAGCGAAAGCUGAGCGAAUACAAUCUGGACAAGGUGGACAGCUGGAUGAGCAUCCAUGAGCAGAAGCAGGCGCUGGCACAGUUCGAGGAGUUGCACAAACAGGGCGUGGACGAGCUGGACGAGGGCAAUGACAAUGAGAGCGUCUCGCAGUUGUCGCUCAAAUCGAACGAGGAUUCCCGAGGCUCGACCUACGAUGAGAUUGUGUCGGUUAUCAAGGAGAUUGAGGAGGAUAAGAAACGGGACAACUUUGCCGAACGUUUGCCCAGCGAGCUGAACCUGAAGCUAUCCAGCUCAAGGGCCGACACAGCGGAUUCGGUUAGCCAAAAUGAGGACAAGAUGCCCGAAAGUGGCGACAAGUACAAAGACAUUUUGGCAUAUUUGAAUAAUGUGGAGAGCAGCUGUGACAAAACGCUGAUGGAAACCCGUCGCUCUAUGCCGGACAGCAAUCGCUCCGAGGUGGAGUUUGUCGUCGAGCCCGACGUGACCGAUGAGGUGCCCAAACUCUCGGAGCUGCUGAUGAUUCCCAAUCAUCAGCUGGCUAGACGUGUUAUUGCGCUCAGCUUGCGUGCCAACGAGCUGGCCAAUGCCAUUCAUCUCUCCAAGGAGCAUGUCAUUCAGCUGCGCGGCGAGAAGCAGAAGGCACUGCGUGCCGAGAAGUCGAACAGUGCGACGAAAAUGCGUGACCAGAAGAAACACUACGAGGAGGUUGUGACGCGCCAUCAGGGCUUCAUUGAGCAGCUGCUCAAGGAUAAGGGCUCGCUCUGUGAGAAGGUGGCUGCAUUGACACGUCGCCUGGAGAGUCAGAACCAAGCCUGGGAGCAUCGACUGGAAACCGAACUAGCUCGCACCAAGGAGACAACGCUUGCGGGCGAAAAGAUACGACGAGAGCGUUGGGUGCGAGAGAAUACCAAAAAAAUUAAGGAACUCACAGUCAAAGGCCUGGAGGCGGAGAUCAAUAAAAUGAAUUGCGAUCAUCAGCGCGAGGUGACGGAGUUGAAGCGUUCGCAUCAGAUGCAAUUGCUGGAUGCAUUGGAGGAGGCGCGCCUUAAGCACGAACAAAUCGAGCACGGGAUACGCGAAAGUUGCGCCCAAGAUCGUGAGAGCAUAAUUGAGAAGGAACGCACAGCCAUACGAGAGCGUCUUGAACGUCAGCUGGAGGAAGACCAGAAAACCCAGGCCGAGUUGCGACAAAAGCUCGCCGAUGAUUUUGCUGCAGAACGUGAACGUCUGCAAGCGGAGCUGCGGCAAAAGGAAUGUGACUACCUAGCUAAGCGGCAGGAGGCACAGCGGGAGCACGACAACGACCUCGAGCAGGCCAAGUUUGAAAUGCAGGAAAAGAUGGCCAAGCAGGAGGAGAAGUAUCAGAAUCGCAUCAACACCGUCGAACAGCAAUACCUAGCUGACUUUGAGCUGUGGAAAACAGAAUACGAGAACAAAUCGAAGGUGACCCAGGCUGAGAAGGAGAAUGCCAUAAGGCAACACUAUAGAGCCGAGCGAGAUCGGCAGCUUGACGAGUUGGUGGUGCGCAUGGAAGCGGAUGCACUGCAAAGCGGCGAGGAGCACGAGCAAAAAAUUCUGCGCCUCAAGGAGAAGUACGAGAAGGAUUUGCUAUUGGCUGAGAAUGUGGAAAAGUCCCUGAGGGAAAAGUAUGCCGAGACGCGUGGUAAGUUGGCCGAAGCUGAUGCCCAGGUGCGCAAUAGCCAGGCAGAGGUAAAGCAGCUCCAGCUGGAGCUUAGCCAUAGCAAAAAAAUGUGCGGUGACUUCAUCAACGAGCGGGACAAGCUCCGGGACAAUCUUAACGCGGACAUACAGAGCGAACUGGCCGUGCUCAACGAGCGCCACAAACAGGAAAUGGAACAGCUGCAGAAACGAGUACAUCAGACAAUACAGCGACAGGAAGAGACCAUCGAGGUGCUAAAGGGCGACAAUGAUCAACUGCGACAACAGUGCCUCAAAUUGAAUGCGGUCAUACGACAACAGCGCAAAGAUUAUUGUGUUAAGUAGUUAGGGCUUAUAAAAAUUAAUAAUAAAUAUAUAUCAAGACCUAUAUGAACUGCUCUUCC